CUUAACUUAACUCGAGUGAGGGAGCCAUGGCUGCUGCAGGGGGUCAUAUCCAGCGUCUCCGUGAUGAAGCCACUUGCUCCAUCUGCCUGGAUUACUUCAAGGAUCCAGUGACCAUCCCAGAGUGUGGGCACAACUUCUGCCGAUCCUGCCUCAUCCAGUGCUGGGGGGAAUCGGAGGCAGAGGCUUCGUGCCCUCAGUGCAGAGAACGAGUCCAGAGAAGGAGCCUCAUCCCCAACCGGCAACUGGCUAACAUGCUAGAAAUAGCUAAGAAUCUCAGCCUUCAAGAGGGGAAGAAAGAAGGAGUGGGGAAAGGGAGAGUCUGUGAGGAUCACCAGGAGCCCCUGAAGCUCUUUUGCAAGGAGGAUGAAGCCCCCAUCUGCGUGGUGUGUGACAGAUCAAAGGAGCACAAACACCACGAGGUGAUUCCUCUGAAGGAGGCUUUCGAGGAAUACAAGGGAGAGAUCUGUAGCCGCCUGAAGACUCUGAGGAAGGAGAGAGGGAAAAUUCUGGCCUAUCAAGGAGAUCUGGUCAAGGAAAGCCAAGACCUCCUUAAAUUAACAGAAACGGAGAGGUUGAAGACUGUGGAGAAGUUCAGAGAACUGCGCCAGUUCCUGGAAGAACAAGAAAAACGUCUGCUGAAUCAUGUGGAAGAGGUGGAGAAGGAGAUUGCAGGGAGAAGGGAUGAGCAGCUGGCCAGACUCUCCAGGAAACUUUCCUCCCUUGAGAGGAUCAUCCAGGAGAUGGAGGAAAAGGGUCAGCAGCCAGCGAGUGAACUCCUGCAGGAUGUGAGAAGCACCUUGCAGAGGUAUGAGAAAAGAGAGAGUCCAGAGAAGCCACUUGCUUUCCCUCCAGAGCUCAGGAAUAGGAUCUUGGAAUCCUGUGAUCUAAAUCACCUUAUGGAGGAUACAACGAAACAAUUGAAAGUUUCCCUCAUCUUCUCCCCAACAGCAAAUGUCACUCUGGAUCCAGACACAGCCCAUCCCCAACUCAUCCUGUCCAAGGAUCGGAAAAGCCUGAGAAGAAGAGACAAAGAGCAAAACCUGCCUGACAAUCCUGAGAGAUUCAACUACCGGCCUUGUGUGUUGGGACUUGAGGGAUUCACAGCAGGCAGACAUUUCUGGGAAGUCACUGUGGGAAGUGGGGAAUGGUGGACUCUGGGGGUCGCCAGGAAGUCUGUGAUGAGAAAGGGUCACUUCUACUUCAGUCCUAAGGUGGGGAUUUGGGCUGUGCGGAAGUGGGAAGAUGAGUACUGGGCCUGCACCUCCCCUGAUAAUUCUCCUCUGUCCCUGAGUUGGGAGCCCAGGAGGAUCCGGGUGACUCUGGACUGUGAAGGGGGACGUGUGUCUUUUUCGGACGCUGACUCAGGAACCGAACUCUACACGUUCUCAGGAGCCUCGUUCUCUGGAGAAACCCUCCUCCCUUUCUUUCAUCUGUGGGGGAAUAAAACCCACCUCAGGAUCUCCUGAGGAGACUAAAUCUGCCUCUCAGGCCCAGCAGGAGUUUCUCUCCA